AUGUCUUCCAAUGAGACGAGCAGGCUGUGGUCAAUUGACCAGGUAGUGAUCCCUAUCAGCAAGCCAGACAAGUACUCUCUUAGCGACAACGGCGAUUUCUUUCUCAUCGUGCGAGAAGAGCGCGACGACCAUGCUCGUAUCGUCCUUCUCUCCGCUGGUGUGGCCUUAACUCCACUCACAUCAAUUCUCAAUACCUCUAUUGCCAAGCGUGGACAUGAGGUCUCGUGGGUGCACGUCAACAAAAGCCAACAGUCCCACGCGUUCUAUGACCACGUCAAAGACAUGCCCGAUUUGAGUCCAUGGACCAACAAGCCGAUCUUCCACAGCAGCGUGCAUUAUGAUCAUAAGGGACGCUCAGAUUUGUCGAAGCUGGACCCAGAAAAAGAUUUGAAGCUGAACGACAAGAAUGCCACUUGUUAUAUUUGCGGACGCGGACAAUUCAUGGUCGAGCUGGAGCACUGUCCGGGGGAGGAAAGGAGUGGAUGUAAACACGAUCACAUGGAGGUCUUCGGCACAGGCGGCGUGCUUCAAAUGACUGGGAGUUGA